GUACAGCCACCCCCAUGCAUGUCACUCAAACCCCAGCCGGAAGCUUUCCCGCUUUUCAACACACUACCAUGGCCACCAACAGAUUUUGGCGUACUCUUUCUGCCUUCAACCUCUCCACUCGAAUGUGGGCACCCAUAUCUUCGAGAAAGGUACAGAGCCAAUUGACGCAGAGGCUUUCCCUCGUAUCAUGGAACAUUGACGCCUUCUCGUCACGGGCCGUCUCACGCGCCAAACUCAUCCUUGGCCAUAUUAUUGAGGGAGCAAAAUCUCCUGACAUCAUCUUUCUCCAAGAAGUCACACUCUAUGUCCGCGCCUCUCUCCUGAAUGAUGCAAGAGUACGCUCUACCUUCCUGAUAACUGACGCCGAGGACCAAACAUCGUUCGAGAAUGUUCCAUUUACGACCAUGACGUUGCUUUCCAGAGCGCGCUUUGCCUUCGGCCUGGAUUCGCCAAAGGAAGACAAUGAGAUCGAGGAAGGGGGGAAGUUCAUGCUCGGGCACGUCUCCCGCAUUCCACUCCCGAGCAAGUACAGGAGAGACGCGCUUUAUGUGGAUAUUAUCCCGCCAACCGCGCCAGGGACGGUCUUCCGUUUCGUCAAUGUGCACCUCGACUCGCUAUGGGAUACACUGAAUUACCGCACCCAGCAGAUGGAGAUACUAGCUAACGUCCUGCGCGAGCCCGGCUGCAGUGGUGGGAUCAUUGCGGGCGACUUCAACGCCAUCAGACCCGAGGACGAUGGGCUCGUCGACAAGAAUAAACUGGUAGAUGCAUGGGUCGCAUUGCAUGGGAGGGCAGACCCCGAUGGAGUUACGUGGGGUAUUAACGCGGAACGGCAGGGGGUACGCAGGCUAGACAAGGUUGUAAUGGUGGGCUUGGAGGCUAAGGAAAUGGAA